UGCUUCACCCUUGAGAUGCGUGGGAAGUUGGCGCACGCUGUCGGGAUUUUAGAGGACGACAACAACACGCCAGUCGGUGAUAUCCUCAUCCUCGUCCAUGCACACUUCGAAAGGCAGCGCAACGUGACCUUUCGUCGUGUGAAGUUCGAGGAACGCCGCCAGGGUACCGGUGAGUCGUUUGAUGAUUUUUACGUCUCCCUUAAAGAGCUAGGUGACAAUGCUGAGGUGUGACGAGUGCUUAGACUCGUGUUUGGUUACUCGCAUCACCUCUGGGGUUGUAAAUCAGUCCCUACGGAGGAAGUUACUGGCCAUUGAUCCACCUCCAGACCUUCCUGAUGUUCUACGACUGUGCCGCAGUGAAGAAUCUGCCAUGAAGACCGAGACUGACCUUGACAAUGCUGGGAACGUUGUAAAACGGAUCUCCACCAACAAGCGCCGCCCUCGGAGUGCUUCACGUGGUCGUCAGAUGGGUGCAACGAGGUGCACAGGCUGUGGAGGUUCACCGCACCCGCAAGGGCGUCUCAAGCAGUGCAAAGCAUGGGGUUUCCCUGCUGACAAAUUGGAUGUUCCAUCUACUCUCCUGGAUUUCUGGAAGAUUCGCGGCGACCUGGCGACGGAGGAUGGACUAGUGUUGUAUGGAUCACGGCUCGUUGUGACUGCUUCCCUUAGGCGUCAAGUCCUCUCUCGCUUACACGACUCCCACAGGGGUAUCGAAGCUACGAAGCGUCGGGCUCGUCAAGUUGUCUGGUGGCCCGGUAUCAACAGCGAUAUUACCAGUUGCGUGAAGGCAUGCCAUGCCUGCCAGGAAGUGCUGCCAUCACAACAAAAGGAACCUUUGAUCUCCGACCCACUGCCCUCUCGCCCAUUCGAAGAUGUGUCUGCUGACCUGUUCACACACGCCGGUAAGGAUUACCUCAUUUACGCUGACCGCUUGUCAGGGUGGCCAUGUGUUGCAGAGUAUGGUCGAGAAGCAUCGUCACGCACCACGACGAAACUGCUGUGCCGCAUUUUUCGGGAUGUGGGUGUACCAGUCCGCCUACGCUCAGAUGGAGGACCUCAAUUCACCAGCUCAACGUUCCGAUCUUUUACACAGCGCUGGGGUAUUAACCAUGUUAUGUCUUCCCCAGGAUACCCUCAGUCCAAUGGGCAUGCCGAGGCCUUCGUCAAGGUGAAGUAUCUCAUUGCUAAGGUGUGUGCAACUGACGCCAGCGAUGAGGCGGCCUUUUGACAGGGGCUUACUUGAGCUCCGGAACACUCCCCGUCCUGAUGGCCGUUCCCCAGCUCAGGUGCUGUACGGUCACCCUCUCAGGUCUGCCGUGCCCGCACACAGGCGUGCCUUUGCGCCUGAGUGGCAAGUUGCUGCUGAUGAAUGUGAUGCCAGAUGGGCCGCAACGAGGAGAGAGUCGGAGAAGUAUUACAACAAAAACGCCCGAUCCUUGCCACCACUACACAUCGGCGACCAUGUGCGGCUACAGGACCGCGCCACCAAACGUUGGGACAAGAUUGGUGUUGUGUUGGGAGGCACCGGGACUACCAUGUGAAGCUCCCUAGUGGCAGAGUUUUCUGGAGAAACCGCCGUUUCAUCCGGCCUACUCACUCAUCCCUUAAUGGAUCUUCUUUCCCUCAGAUAGUGACAGGAAGCAAGACCGUGUGUAAGCAAGAAGGUGCGGUUCUCGUUACCGCAGCGUCGCAGCACACGACCACGCCGGAGCCCGGAUCGUCUUGUCCCGUAACAAGCCUGGGGAGGGAGAUGUGAGGAGUGACGCUCCGAAGUAUGUAUACGUGGAGCUCCUAGGAGUUAUGCUCUGCACCUCGCGACGCUCCGCACUUCGCUUCGUGACGGUGAACUCCGAACCCGUGAAAGCUGAUGUGGGAACCUCGGCUAACACACCUGGACAGACACACGCCAGCUCCAGCACCCAGUCGCAUCUCCAGUCUCCAGCUGCUGUAUCCUACAACCCUGUACUACGAAGCUGUAG